CGAGGCCACGCUCUACCGCCGCACCGAGGAUGACUCGCUUGUAGUUUGGAAGGAGGUGGAUCUGACCCGGCUGUCAGAAAAGGAACGUCGUGAUGCUUUGAAUGAAAUUGUUAUCCUUGCUCUGUUGCAUCAUGACAACAUCAUUGCCUACUACAAUCACUUCAUGGAUAACACCACGCUGCUGAUCGAGCUGGAGUAUUGUAAUGGAGGGAACCUCUAUGAUAAGAUCCUGAGGCAGAAAGACCAGCUGUUUGAAGAAGAGAUGGUGCUGUGGUACCUGUUUCAGAUUGCAUCAGCAGUGAGCUGCAUCCAUAGAGCUGGAAUCCUUCAUAGGGAUAUCAAAACAUUAAAUAUCUUCUUAACCAAGGCAAACCUGAUUAAACUGGGAGAUUAUGGGUUAGCAAAGAAAUUGAACUCUGAGUAUUCCAUGGCUGAGACUCUGGUGGGAACCCCAUACUACAUGUCCCCAGAGCUCUGUCAGGGAGUGAAAUACAACUUCAAAUCUGAUAUUUGGGCCGUGGGCUGUGUUGUUUUUGAGCUUCUCACCCUGAAGAGAACCUUUGAUGCCACAAACCCUCUGAACUUGUGUGUGAAGAUUGUACAGGGGAAUCGGGCCAUGGAGGUUGAUUCCACUGUCUACUCCUGGGAGCUGAUCCAGAUGGUGAACUCCUGCCUCGAUCAGGAUCCUGAGAAGAGACCCACUGCAGAUGAGCUGCUUGAACACCCCCUUCUCAGCAAACGCAGGAGGGAGAUGGAAGAGAAGGUUACACUGCUUAAUGGGCCAAACAAACGACACAGAUCAAGCACCAUGAAUGAGACUCCCAUUGCAGUGGUGACUUCGCGCACUAGUGAGGUGUAUGUGUGGGGGGGCGGGAAGUCAACCCCCCAGAAGCUGGAUGCCAUCAAAAGUGGCUGCAGUGCACGCCAGGUGUGUGCGGGCAACACUCACUUUGCCGUGGUGACAGUGGAAAAGGAGCUCUACACUUGGGUGAACAUGCAGGGAGGCACCAAGCUGCAUGGCCAGCUGGGGCAUGGAGACAAAGCCUCCUAUCGGCAACCAAAACAUGUGGAAAAGCUGCAGGGGAAGGCCAUUCGCCAGGUGUCCUGUGGGGCUGAUUUUACAGUCUGCAUCACAGAUGAGGGCCAGGUGUAUGCUUUUGGCUCAGACUAUUAUGGCUGCAUAGGCAUUGACAAGGCUUAUGGCUCUGAAGUGCUGGAACCUCUGCAGCUGGACUUCUUUCUCACCAACCCUGUGGAGCAAGUGUCUUGUGGUGAUAAUCAUGUGGCAGUCCUAACCAGAAACCGAGAUGUGUACACGUGGGGCUGUGGGGAAUAUGGGCGCUUGGGUUUGGAUUCGGAAGAGGAUCACUACACUCCUCAGAAGGUGGAUGUUCCAAAGACAUUGAACAUCGUUUCAGUCCACUGUGGCUGUGAUGGGACCUUCCUGCUCACCCAGACAGGCAAGGUCUUGGCAUGUGGACUCAAUGAGUUCAACAAGCUUGGCCUGAAUCAGUGCACAUCAGGGAUCAUCAACCAUGAUACUUACCAUGAAGUGCCCUACACCACUUCCCUUACCUUGGCCAAGCAGCUCUCCUUCUACAAGAUCCGCACCAUUGCCCCAGGAAAGACGCAUACAGCCUCCAUAGAUGAACGGGGCCGUCUUCUGACCUUUGGCUCCAACAAGUGUGGACAGCUUGGUGUCGGUGACUACAAAAAGCAUCUGGGAAUUAACUUGCUGGGAGGCCCCCUUGGGGGUAAGCAGGUGAUCCGAGUUUCCUGUGGAGAUGAGUUCACCAUAGCUGCUACUGAUGAUAACCAUAUCUUUGCCUGGGGUAAUGGUGGAAACGGGCGUCUGGCAAUGACACCAGCGGAGAGACCUCACGGCUCAGAUAUUUGUACCUCGUGGCCUCGACCCAUCUUUGGAUCCCUGCAUCAUGUCCCAGACCUGUCCUGCCGGGGCUGGCACACCAUCAUCAUAGUUGAAAAGGUGUUGAAUUCUAAAACUAUCCGAUCCAACAGCAGUGGCUUGUCUAUCGGUACUGUGGCUCAGAGCUGCACAACAGGUGGAGGAGAGGAGGAGGAGAAUGAACGGGAAUCUGAGACACCUGAUCCAAGCGGAGGCUUCCGAGGAACCAUGGAAGCAGAUCGUGGAAUGGGAGGCUGGAUCAGUGCCACCGAGGCUAUGGGAGGGAGCAGUGCUGGCAGCAGCUCUUGCCCUGGCUGGCUACGCAAGGAGCUGGAAAAUGCUGAGUUCAUCCCUAUGCCCGACAGCCCCUUUCCUCUGAGCACAGCUUCUUCAGAGCCAGAAAAGGAGACGUUCCCCUACCAGGAACUGCAGGGACUCAAAGUGGCCUCUGAUGUGUCUACCGAACUCAGCAAGCCCAAGACAGAGGGCUGGCCCACCCAUGCUGAACCAGCCCUGCCCUGUGACAGAGUGAAGGCAGCAUCUUCGGUUGCGGGUUGCAUGUGCAGCACCCUGCAGGCUGAAGUAAAGCGGCUGCAGAACUUGGUGUUGCAGUGUCUGACAGAGCAGCAGAAGCUGCAGCAGGAAACCGUUCGUCUUAGUGCCCAGCUCCAGAUGUUCUGCAAGGGGACAGAGGGAAUGCAGCAGGAGGCUCAUUCCAAAGGAACACAGACAGCCAAGGAAGAGAUGGAAGUGGAUCCGAAACCCGACUUAGAUUCAGAUUCCUGGUGUCUUCUGGGAACGGACUCGUGCCGCUCCAGCCUCUAGUCUCCCAAGCCCACUGGGUCCAUCCAACUUCACAACACACUAACUGAAUGCAGAGAGCAGCUUUCCUGGCUUCAGGUCACUCGCAGAUAAGGAGUGAGGCCAGAGGCUCCAGAGCAGCACCCAUGUAUGUUCGGAGGGGAGGCACCUCCUUUAGAUAUGAACUAGGAGUGAGUUUUCAGAGGGGCAGGGCCCUGAGCUCCAGGCCACAGCCAGCUCAGUGAUCCAAGGCGGCGGCGGCAGCAGCUCCUUUCUGUACCUCAUCUGUCAGUCCUACCCUUGAGGCAAGAUGGCCCCAUCAUGGCAAUGGCUCCAAUAGCAGCUUGUUGCCCUUUCAUUGUUUCACUGCUUCCUGGGAGUUGCCUUUGGGACCCCAGCAUUUAUCACUGUACCUCUAGAUGAGAGAAGGAGAGCCACUGUGUACUGAAUGCCAAUGCUAAUCUCCAUGGCUUUAGAGGAGUGACGAACUCCAAGACCCCCCCCCCAGCCACUUUGACAUGGGGCAGAGCCCCAGCCUGUGGGAGAAGCUCAUCUCUGCUGAGGGGCAGAGGGAGCACUGGAUGCAUCUCACUCUGGAUCCAGUGGAGAUCUCCUCAGCGGGAGAUGGUGGCAGAUAGCGUGUCCCUAGCUUGAGUUGAAACUUCUGGCCAUGCAGCUGUGCCCUGACCUAUACAGAUGGGGUCAGAGGCUUUGUGCUAAGAGCCUAGCACUCACCAGUGCUUCCCCCUCCAGUCAGAGAAUUGAAGCAGGUGUUGUUCCCAGCUGUAGCAGAGGGAACAGUCUGAGGUGGGGUUUCUGGUUCUCCAUUUCUUACUAGCUGCUUCAUAACCACAUACAGAGUUAUCUAUAUCUCAGACUGAGGCAUGUAUUCAUUGCUUCAUCUGUUGAGCUUGUUUGGGGUGCCAGAGCUCCUUUUACCGGCAAGUUUCUCAGAACAAGCCUGUAGCUGCCCCUGCUUAGUCUCUGCUCUGCUCUGCUCAGCCGCCACCAUAGCCAGUCUCUGUGCUGGGGUGGGAAUAGUCAGUAUUUCUUUUUCUUCCAGUGUUUCAGUGAAGCUGGGUGCAAGUUCCCCCUCAGAAUGGGUCUUGAAUGCUGUUUACACAGAAAAGAGCAUUCCCUGUGGUCUUGGUUCUGAGUGUGCCCCUUCUCUAGCAGCCCUGGUUUUGCUCUCCAUGGGGAUGUGGAGAUAAAAAGAGGCAGUGGUCUGCCACUGGGGUUUCCCUUUCCCAGAUUGUUUAGCAAAUUGCUUUGGAGUGAGCCUUUGUGGUGAGAGGGGCCUCAAUGGGGUACCUACUCCUUUCCCCUGCCUUAGGAUAGGGCAUCCAGGGAGCACAGGGUCUCUCCUGUCAUUGGUAGGGGAAGGCUGUGCUUUCAUUAUCUCCCAAACCAUCCUGGUCACUGGGGUGGCUAGUAUUGCCUUGAAUCUUUUAGCAAGGGCUAUUCUACCACCUCCCUUAGCCUCUUCCUUUUCUGCAGCCUUGUUCUUGGGUGCUAAAGUUUUCCUGAUGGCUACUCUCUAUCCAGGGAUGGAUGCCAAAGCAUUCUGCUUCUUUGGGCCUUCUCUGGGGCCUAACCCAUCUCAAAGCUGAAUCGGCCUUUACCGUGCAGGAUCCUGGGAAGUUAUGUACCAACUUUUCAAUCCUGAUCGCUGUAGGGAGGGUAGGAGAGAGGUGGCCUGAGGAAGUCCCACAUGCCAGGACUUCUAGGGUCACUGUGUUGCUUAGUUGCUCAUGUGACUGCCCUCCCGUCUCCCUGUGCAUUGGAGCCAGGAUUCUGAUGUUGGGAGAUGAAGGAACAUACUAUGCUGCAGCAGUGGCUUUUAGAAGGAGUGAAGACCUGAGGCUGAGCCAUGUCUGAUUAGCAAGCACCGAGCUGAUGGGAAUUGCUGCCCUGCAGCACACUGCUAUCCUCAUUUCUCAGUGCUCUGCAGCUGGGAAACUAGGAGCACAGACUGGAUUUCCCUUGGAUCUAAUGGAGAGUUUGGUCCCCAGCAGGGGGUGGCCUGUGCUUCAUGAUGUCACAUGUGCCUUAGAAGAUUCAUGCUAGCCAAGCUGUGCCUGUUACAGACCACAGAUUUCACCAGCCAGCUAUGCAACCAAAACAAGUUUUAACCCAGCACCACGUCUGGGGCAGGGAAGUGAAGGGCAAGUGGGCAGAAGUGCCUUUGAACAGUUUCAAAACUGUUUUCCUCCCCUUCUUGCAGUGCUAGCUCCAUUUGUGUCAGUCUCCUGCUAGUAUUACUAUUGAGUUGUUGUAGUGGAAUACACCUGCUCUGACACUCUGGCUGAAGAACUGGGUUGUCAUUGUCUGUCUUUGAAAGGUUAAAGGGUGGAGUGGUUUGGAGUUUCUGUUUAAAUAAAUGUUUAAACUCA